GGCAUGACAGCUGCGUGGAAAAAAACAAACAAAGAAAAAAACGAUGCCUGUUACAAGUUUUUCGUUUUGAAAACGGGGAAGAACGUUUUACUGGACCGUUUGCUAGAGUCCCGCCGGAGGUGCUGCGUACCGACGGUUGAUAAUAAUACGUGGGUGUCGCAACGACUGUUGACAUUAGUCUCGACGUUUUCACACGACGCGCGUUGAACGAAACUCUCUCCUGGCGGCAGGCGAGCAAGCGGCCGCGCGUGUGACAAAGUGCUGCGUUUCCCCGCAGUGUUUCGCCAGGGGAAAUCCAGGCGUCGUGGUCGUCACGGCGCGCCCGUUCCUACUGCGCGUGCGUCGCUGACCUCCGCGCAUGCGCCGUUCGCUGCUCGCCGCGCGAGGGCGCCAGCUCCGCGGUCAGGCAAAUGAUUCGUCUGCUACGUCUGCUCCGGCGGGCAUUUCCACAGUCGUCUGCGUUUGAUUCAAGCCGAACGGUCGACAGAAGUCGGACUCCUCGUAAACAGUUCGUCGCAAGUUUCGCUGUCCCUGUGCCCCGUUCGAGUUUUGGGAUUCCUUUCUCCACGUCGUCGGCUUCAGCUGCUGUUGCGAAUUUGUGUCAGUGAAUCUCGUUUUGCGUCUGGAAUACGCCUUUUGCCCGACCCACAAAUGGCCACCGGAGUUCUAGUGAGUUACCCGUCCUCGGCCCUGCACGAAUCACGCUCGGUCGUCUUCAAGAAUAGCAAAGAGCUGUGCAUCCGGCAGUCCAAGUCGGACCCCGUGCUGCUCACGCUGUCCCAGAGUUCCCUGCUCCGUUGCUCCGACGCCUGGGACAGCAUUGAAGACCUGGCGCAGCAGGCAGCCGACGCCAGCUUCCUCACCAUUGAGGGCCUCAAGCGCCAGUACAACUCCUGCUCCACGUGCGGAGUGAGCUGGUACGAAGACCACGUCUCGCUAGACUGCACGGAGUGUGGGGGCUACGCCAUGCAGCGCCCCUGCGUCCACUGCGAAGGACGCUGCAGCGGUGUCUGGAGGAGGGACCUCGCAGCCUCCCACGAGAAGCGGUGUGCCCAGUGGAAGGGCGAAUGCCAGCUGACGGCCAGGGAAGCCCCCAAGGCAGCCCCCAAGGCAGCCACCGAGGCCUCUUGAGGCAUGGCAGCCUAGGCACCACCCCAGUUGCACCACUCUCCAUGUGUACAUAAACCUCCCCUCCUCCCCCUUCCCUCCAUGCACCACCACGAGUCUCUGUGCCAGGAGACGGCGGAGCGCCACUUUGCCACGACUCUUCCCGGACACCUCGAGCUGACUGAGAGCAACUGCACGUCCGAGCGGGGGACAGAGAUGCACCGGCAAAAAGUUCAGCCUAAUCCGUUGCAUUUCUAAUCAACAACACUCAACAAUCGAUUGGUUGGAGCCUUCUACAGAAGGAACACCCGUUCACUCCACUAGGAACCGUUUAGCGAUUCACCGAUAUAGCGACUAGAAUCGCAUUUAGGAACAAGCUCCUCGCUAAAAUCAACAACGGAUUGCUUGAACCCUUUGACAUCUGUAAUUUGUCACCGGCAGAUGACGUGUCCAUUAGUGCAUGCUAUGGCAAAGCUGUUGUUGUAGGCGAGAAAUAAUGAAGUGCACCUCGGUCCCGCGGUGGCGCAGUUGCCACAAAGUGACAAGACAAGGUGCUCGAGGUUCCGGAACAUUCCAGUUGUGGACAUUUGCUUGGCAGAAUUGUACAGCAUUCUGGCUACGUGCAGCAUUCUGAACAGAACGCCAUACGUAGUGUGUGUAUGUCUGUGUUCUCGUUUUGGCCUUGCCUUUUUAAAACUCUUUUCGAGCGCUUUUUCACGUGUCGUUCGAGUGAACUGUCUGCAAAGUGAGAGACUUUUCUGUAUCUGUUUCGUUUCAAACGUCGGCAUUUCAUUUCUAUCCCAAUUUCCCCCCUGUCCAACCACCGAAAAACUUAUUAUGGCUUUCAUUGUAGCAGCAAUGGAGAAAAUGCCACUUGUACAUUUUGUCAUUGCAAUUCUAUGAACCCUCAUUGUUAAGUUAUUUUCCCGCAGUCUGCUUCAAAUUACCAAUCGGCAGUGUUCAUGUGUGUCUUUGCUCGUGCGACCAAUGUAGCCUGUCGGAGGAGGCGUCGCGGAAAGGAGCGCGAAAGACGAGUGCCUUUUUUUUUUGUUGUCGAAGCUAUCCACCAGAGUGUUGUAUUUUUGUAACGCGACUGGACGAAGGAGCCUUAAGGAACGGCUGCCCGUGUACGCCCCUCCAAUCAGCAUUCAGGUGCCGUCUUUGAGUGUCUUAUUUAUUAUCGAAGCUGUUCACACGACGUGCAUACUGUUCCCUUCCCCACUUUUUUUAAAACGAUGUGACGGUUCGCAAUAAAAGUUCUCUCGCCAGUGAAAA